AUGUGGCCAACAUACAGCCUGAACACCCUGCAGAGGAAGAGACAGAGAGAUCAAGUUGCUUUCAUCACAGGAGGCGGAUCUGGAAUAGGACUUCGUAUCGCUGAGAUCUUCAUGAGACAUGGUUGUGACACGGUGAUCGCUAGCAGGAACCUGGACAAGCUGAAAGAGGCGGCGGUGAAGCUGUCGGCCGCUUCAGGACGACGCUGCCUCCCUCUGCGGAUCGAUGUGAGGCAGCCUGAUGGCAUCGCAGCCGCUGUGGACGAGACGCUGAAGGAGUUUGGCCGUUUAGACAUCCUGAUUAACAAUGCUGCUGGAAACUUCCUCUGUCCUGCCUCUGCACUCUCCUUCAACGCUUUCAAAACCGUCCUGGAGAUCGACACCAUGGGAACGUUCAACACCAGCAAGGUGGUUUAUGAGAAAUGGUUCAAGGAACAUGGCGGCAACGUGGUGAACGUCUCGGCCACGCUGGCGUACCGAGGGCAGGCCCUGCAGGUUCACGCUGGCUCUGCCAAGGCAGCAAACGAUGCUAUGACGAAGCACCUGGCGGUGGAGUGGGGGCCCAGCGGAGUUCGGGUCAAUGCCGUGGCUCCCGGUCCGAUCUCUGGUACCGAGGGUUACCGCAGACUCGGCGGUCCUGGUGCCGAGGCCGCGGGUUCGUUCCAGGCCGUUCCUCUGCAGCGAGCCGGCAACAAGACGGAGAUGGCCCACUGCGCUCUCUUCCUGGCCAGCCGAGCGUCUUCCUAUGUGACGGGCGCCAUCUUGGUGGCGGACGGCGGGGCGUGGCUGACCUCGCCCAACGACGUCUCGGCGCUGCUGGGUUACUGGUCGCCGGAAAAGAGGAAGGACAAAUGAUCAGAAGAAAUCAGGACCUUUCUAAAGAAAUUAUGCAACUUAUGGACAAUGUUUGAUGUUUAUUAUGUAUUCUACUGUUUUAGGUGUUGGAAGGUUUUAGUAGAGAAGAACACAAAUAAAUUAUGUUCGUAUCUUUUAUAAGGAAUUACAACUGUGCAUUAGGAUUAAAAAAUGAGUGCAUUUCAGCCAAAAAAUGUGAGAUGGCUCUUAGAAAAAACAAAAAAAAAUUCUGAGUUUCAGAGUUGAAAUUUUGCUUUAAAAAAAUCUCAAACAUUUUGAUAUUAAUUUCUGAAAUUUUCUUGAUAAACCUCUGACAUUUCUGAGUUCAAAAAGUGAAAAUUUGCUAUAAUUUUUUUUAGAGAUUUUAUAGAAAAAACUUGGAAAUUCUAAAGUCUAAUAUUUUCAACUUUUUGAAUUUUCAAGUUUGAAAAUUUUGAAGUGUCAAAAAUUUGCAAAAGAAAAAGUUUUUAAAUUAAUCUGAGACAUUUUGUAGAAAAUCCUCUGAAUCACCAGAACUUGAAAAGUUUUAAAUUAUCGAGAAAAAAACUGAGAUUAAUUUCAGAAAUGUUCUAAAAGAUGUUGGGAAUUAAAAUAUCUAAAAUUUGUCAGUCUUGGAAAAUUUUUGAGUUACAAAUGUUGAAAAUUUGUUGCUUUUUAAUCUUUUUUUUAAAGAAAAUUUCUGAGAUUACGCUAAAAAUUUGUGAGUUUUAAAAGUCAAAAAAAUUGCUGGAAAGAAAAGGUAGAAACCUGAAAAUUAAAAAAAAUCCUGGGAUUGAUCUAAAAUUGCAAAAGUUUUUUCUUUUCUAGAAAUCUAUAAAUUUUUCAGUGUUUUGGCAGAAAUUUACUCCUCUAUUUUUUGUCUACCCAAAUACGCUGUUGUAUGUUAAGCAACCCAGUACUGUAAAACAUUUCCUUUGAUUUAUUCAGUAAUAAAAAUCUUUCUAUUCA